UAUAUAAAGGCGGCGCAAACUGCAAGAUCAGAAUAGCUUGUGCGGCUUUACAAAGCCGGCCAUUCUACUAACGCCAGGUUUUGGGGUUUUAGCGAGCGAGAGGAGAGAGCCAUGGCUGAAGACGGUGUUGUGGCGUCUACGGAUUUUCCGGUGAAGAGGCAGAGAGAAGUUGAGGAAGAUAAUAGUAAUGGAGUCUCUGCUUCCACUGUGUCAUCCAUGGAGCUGGAGGGCAACAAAGACCAGCCUGAUUGUAUAUCCUCCGUGAUUCCUGGGUGGUUCUCUGAGAUUAGCCCAAUGUGGCCUGGAGAGGCACAUUCCUUGAAGGUUGAGAAGAUAUUAUUUCAAGGAAAAUCUGACUAUCAGAAUGUCAUGGUUUUUCAGUCAUCAACAUAUGGAAAGGUUCUUGUUUUGGAUGGGGUGAUUCAGCUCACUGAAAGGGAUGAAUGCGCAUAUCAAGAAAUGAUCACUCACCUUCCACUUUGCUCUAUUCCAAACCCAAAGAAGGUUUUGGUUAUUGGUGGAGGAGAUGGUGGAGUUCUGCGGGAAAUAUCUCGCCAUUCUUCUGUUGAGCAGAUUGAUAUGUGUGAAAUUGAUAAGAUGGUUGUCAAUGUUUCCAAACAGUAUUUCCCUGACAUAGCAGUUGGGUAUGAGGAUCCCCGGGUGAAUCUUCAUAUUGGUGAUGGAGUUGCAUUUUUGAAGGCUGCUCCUGCCGGAUCUUAUGAUGCGAUUAUAGUAGAUUCUUCUGACCCCAUAGGUCCUGCACAAGAGCUUUUUGAGAAGCCCUUUUUUGAAUCAGUGUCAAAGGCACUUCGGCCAGGGGGAGUUGUGUGUACUCAGGCAGAAAGUAUAUGGCUUCACAUGCACAUAAUUGAGCACAUAAUGGCAAACUGUCGCCAGAUAUUUAAAGGCUCUGUUAACUAUGCAUGGACCACAGUGCCUACAUACCCAAGUGGGGUGAUUGGUUUUAUGCUGUGUUCUACUGAGGGACCCCCUGUUGACUUCAAGCAUCCAGUGAAUCCAAUAGAUGCAAAUGACGCUUAUAACAAAUCCAAAGGACCCUUAAAAUUUUACAACUCAGAGAUUCAUACAGCCGCUUUCUGUUUGCCAUCUUUCGCAAAGAAGGUGAUUGAAUCAAAACCAAAAUGAGGAAAGUUUCAAGAAUUUGUAGCAGAAAUGGCGGUUGUAUAGUGCCAUUUAUCAUCUUCACCGCAAUGGUCCAUCUAGCAGAGAACAAUCGAAUAAGUCAUGGUUUAAAUUGAUGUUCCGAGUAGUUUUUGCAAUUAAUGUCAUUCCUAGGUGUUAGUUUUAGUUAUAAAAUUUGGUGGCCAUUCAGAGAUCUUCAAGGAUUUUUGUAUUUUGUUUUUUGGUAAGUCACCUCCGUUUCUUGAGGUGUGAUUCAACUUCUCUCAGUUAUUACUAAUAAUGUCGUCUCUAUGAACUUUGUGCAAGAUUACUGCAAUCUCUUUAGAGUUUUCAAACUGAA